CCGUCCAUCCAUCAACCAGCAAUCAACCUUUUCCACAAUCUUAUUGAUUACCGAGCUUGGAGCUCUUCACAUUUGACAAGACCUUGACCCGGACGGACAGCAUAUAUCGUUGCGCCCGUUACUCACCACACUCGCGUCGCACAGCACCCCCCCCCUAUCACCUCACGGAAGCCCUGGAUAUCAGUUGCGGACAUGGCGUUGCCCAAGCGAAUCAUCAAGGAGACGGAGCGCUUGAACAGUGAGCCAGUACCUGGCAUCAAGGCCACCCCCCACGAUGACAACCUGCGAUACUUUGAUGUCGAAAUUUCAGGACCCGACGGCUCUCCGUACCAGGGCGGCAACUUUAAGCUCGAGCUCUUCCUGACUGACGACUACCCCAUGGUCCCGCCCAAGAUCCGCUUUCUCACCAAGAUCUACCACCCCAACGUCGACAAGCUUGGCCGCAUCUGCCUUGAUGUCCUGAAGAACAACUGGUCCCCUGCCCUCCAAAUCAGGACUAUUCUUCUCUCCAUCCAGGCCCUACUCGGCGCCCCCAACCCCGAUGAUCCACUCGCCGCCGACGUCGCCAAGAGCUGGAAAGAAGACGAGAACAAGGCCAUCGCGACCGCUAGAGAGUGGACCCAGCAGUAUGCCAAGUAGAAGGACGACAGACCAGAAGGGUCCCCGAAAGUCAAACAGGAGAGUACACGCCCGAACCGCCCGGCAGUAGUGCCACCAAAGGUCAAGGAAGAGAGCCCAGGCCCGAGCCCAGAUAGGGCUGUGGC